UACGUGGUAGUGAACAUAUACUAUAAUACUUUGAAGCGUUAUAGUGGCGAACGUAGACUAUACUACUUCGAGACGUUAUAGGAGCGGUUAAGAGGUGCACUAGACUGACUCUCUAAAGGAUUUACGUUGCAUUGAAUACUGUACGUGAAAUACAUUGCUUCGAUUGGUUCUGAGAUGGACAAUUGCGUCGACGAUCAGGAGUUCAGUGGCGUUUCGUUGUUGAGAUACCUAGAGAAUGUCAACAACGCGCGAGACGACGAUUCUUUCAUGGACUACGAUCCUCUUCCUCCCCUCAUCAGAAGGAAUUCUAGCAAGAGGAACGUGAACGCAGGAUCAGAAAAUAAAGAAAACAAGCUCUCCAGGUAUCCUACCUUGCUGAAAUCCAAGAGCGUGCCACGGACGAACAGUGCCCUUGGGAAAAACAGAAAUUUAUUUGGUUCCUUCAGAUCAGCUGAUGGGCCGUUGGGCGUGGUCGAGAUUGGCCGUAGUUCCUCUCUCAAGAAUUGCGAUUUUCUCAAAACUGGGGACAUUCAAGAUGUGGACAAGGAAGCUGGUGAUUUGGGGGAUGAUAUCAGUAAAGUGUCUCUGCAAGUUUCCACAGAGGAAUUCACAAGGUCAACAGAAAGCAGAACUUUAUCUGCUGUCGGUCUUGUUGAAUCUGCAGUAGAGUGUACCUGUGGAGAGUCAGUACACCAAGAAAACGGCAAAGAAUCCCCAGAGGAGAGUUUGGGAAAUGCAAAUUUAUGCAGUGAUGAACACCAAGAUAAUGAAGAUUCACAUGAAGUGACCAGUGUUCAACACGAAUCUCGUGACAAUACUGAAUCAGGUCAUGGUGUAAAUCAGGAAACAGAACAGUUGACUGAAAAAGGAAGUCAGUUUCAAGUGGAUGGACUUCAAACUAGUGCUAAUGAACCCGUAAGAAAUUGUAAAGAAAACGAGGAACUAUUGUCUUCUUUAUCUCGUGGAUCUUCUACAAAAACUGGUGAUGUAUGCAGCGGCGGAAAUCGUCAGUCAUUUGGUUCAGUAACGGAAGAACCAAAGGGAAAUAAUAAGGAAGUUUAUCAAGCUAAACGAAUGAAAGCAUAUAAGCCGAUGGAUUCCACAACAAGGCCGUUGCCUGAAAACGCAGUUCCUGUUCGCGAGAUAAACAUUUUACCGUCAGAGGAUAAUACAGAACAGAUAUCAGCGAAAUCCGCUCAAACGCAGCAUCUAGACACCACAACUGAAGACCAGUCUUCGUGCCAAAAUAUUCAGAAAAGUUCAGCAUGUAUCCUGUCGUCAAAUCAAAUCCCACCCAAAGAACAAAUAGAGGAUGUUGACUCCUUAUUUCAGAAGCGAAAUUAUGUUAAGAUCGUAUUGAACUGGCUUAAACGAGUUAACAAUGAAGAGGACAUGCAAGUAACAAAUACAGGCGAAGAACCUUCCAGCAUUUUGGAAACCAAAUCUGGAAAGGAAUGUCAGACCAGCACUUCCAAAAGAAGAGCAUCAUUGCCAUCAAAAAAUAGUCUUGUCGUGAAAAGGGCGAAAACUUUAUCUCCGAAUGCAAAAUCGAGCCCAAUGAUGACGAGAUUUUCAAAGAAUACUCUCAAAAACCAGUCCCCAAAUCAUGCUACAUCUCAUAUUGCUCAGAAAAAGGUACAACUCUUCAAAGCAGUCGAGGAGGGCGACCUGAAUGUCACCAGAAAGCUGCUGAAUCACACAGGACCUUCUAUCAGAAAUGGCAAGAAAGACAACACACUGUUGCACACUGCUGCAGUCAGCAAUCAGAUCGAUGUUUUCAUCUAUUUGCUUGGUCUAAUCAGCCCCAAUGUAGUAAAUAAGGACGGCCAGACACCAGCUCAUGUUGCAGCAGCUAAAGGACACGCACAGAUUUUGAAAGUAUUGUCAUCUGAUAUACAGUUCGAUCCCGACAAAAGAGACGCCAAGCAAAAGACAUUCAGAGACCUGUUAGUUGCUCCAUUAUUCAAAGCAGUUCUUGAUGGAGAUCAAAAGAAGGCAAAGAAUUUACUGAAACUUGGAGCAGAUCCUGAUGGUCAUGCUGGAGAAUUAGUGAAUGGGGUACUAGCCAGGGAACUUAGAGUAACCUCUCCACGUCAGUUGGCAAAUACACUGCACGGAGAACAGUUCUUCAGCGGUUUCCCUCUGGUCUGUUCACCUAAAUGCAAUAACGUAUACUCUGGUGUGAUGGAUGUACUAGACAUUGACCAAACUGGAAUCAACUGUGGAGGUUACGUCUGUGUUCUAGACUACCAAACCUUUGUUGGAAACCCUGAGCUAGAUCGCAAAAUCUCAAGCAGCAAAGUAUCUAAUCUUACGCAGCUGUUUAAAAAAGUGGGAUAUAAAGGAAGCAUCCACACCUCACUGUCUCUUGAAGAAACCAGAAAAACACUUACAAGUCUGAGAGACAGCAGUGCACUGGCAGAGUGUCGGUAUGCUGUUUUUAUCAUCUCCAGUUACGGCGUCAACAAAUCCUUCCUGACCUCUGACCAGAAAGUGCUCACAGGUGAUUGGGUGAUGGGUCUCUUCAGAAACUCUGAUUGUCCUCGGCUGAAGAAUAAGCCCAAGCUUUUCAUUUUCGACUAUGAUUCAACUUGUCACCUUGGGAGGAUUGACCUAAGACGUGAGGAAGUUACUCCCAGAGUAGAGGAGCCACUGACCAACGUGAUAUCCCUGUCUUGUGAAAAUUUGAUUGGAGAAGUUUCCGAAAAGUAUUGUUUCUUGGCAGUCUUGUACGAGACUCUGAGGUGCCAUGGCAAAGCGAAAGAUAUAGUUGAGGUUCAUAGGGACCUGUUAAAGGCUUACACAAACCUGGGUUAUAGUCCUAUGGUGGAAAUGAACAACUUUGGUUUCACCGGAAAACUUAAUCUUAUUCCAUAGACUUGUUCAGCAGUCUUAUUCCAUAGGGUAACUAGGACGAACACAUAGUUUUAAUACUUUAUCUAGUCACGCGUGCCAAAAUUAGCUUGAGAUUUUUUUUUAAAAUAAGUCCAAUACAAUUACUAUAGCAAAGAUGUUCCACCAUUUCCGCAGGCUCCGCUGUAUUUUGUAGUUAGGGAAUUUAAUUCUUAAAUUGUACUAAAAUAUAUGUUCUUAGAAUA